AUGGCUGACCUUCCUGCGCCUUCGAACGAGGGCCUUCUCAAACCUGACCAAACGGGCUCUCAAACGAGCGAAGCACCCCGAAGCGCCGAGCCGACCUUUCGAGGAGGUGCAGGCACUUACGACACUGAGAUACGUAUUCCUAGAGAGCGCAAGACGAUGGCGACAAAAGGUCCACGAGAGCCAUCAUGGUCAUCGAAGCUACAGAAGAGUAAUUUGGUCCCUCCUGUCGAGGAUCAUGAACACUCUCAGCAACUCUCGUGGAUCGAAACCGGUGAAUCAGCGACACGACAGCUUGAAGUUGAUUAUCCCGCCGAAGCAUUAUACGCGAUGGAUCAGGGACACCCAGCACCGACCCCUACCAAAGCGCAAUCCGAGACACCGCAACUCGCCAAUUCCCUGAGUACUUUUUUACGGCUCGCAAACUCAGACGCAAACUCAGACGCAAUCUCGACAUUCGCGAAGGCCAUUAUAGAAGAAAACAUAGAAAAGAAUCUCGCCAACGACCGAUCCAUACAUAUUUACCUGCCCUCACAGCAGGACUCAUCCCUCUCACAAACACUACUCGAGAAGGCAGAGAUCGAGCCAGAAUUCCUCGUCACCUAUUACCGCACUCGUUGCGCAUUCGACCCGCUGCAUCCCGAUCACAUCUUGAACAUGGACAAUGUUGUGUUUGGCAACGACUUCUUGGAUUAUGGGCCGGAGGCGAAACAGCAGGCGGCGAAUUUCUUUGAGGAGACGUUGGGGAGUGGAGGGGAUCUGGGGGAAUUGGGUGUGUUAAGCCGGUCGUAG